AUGGUCGUUUCCACUACCACCGUCGUCAUGACAUCACCCUCUCCCCUCUCUUGGUCUCACGAGCAGCAUCCUCAGCUACUCUCGCACGACGAUUAUAUCGACUUGCGCAAUAUCCAGGACCACCAGCUGAAAGUCGAGUUCACAUCCGUUCGAUGUUCUAUCGACCUUGUGCGGCAAGAACUCAAAAACGACAUCGGUUUCGUCAAGGCUCAGACGCAGCGCCUCGAAGCCCAGAACCAGCGCCUCGAAGCCCAGAUCCGUCAAUCACAUGCCUACAUGCGGAAUAACGCGUUGAAGAAUCCAACUCUCCCCAUCCGCCCUGUCGUUGUGUAUCGCCCUGAACAAGGCAUCCUCGAACCCGAACUCACACGAUUUCCCCGAAACGCAAACGAGUUUUAUUCCUUGAGGGACCCUCAAACGAAUCGACACCGGUCGAUGUUAGCUUAUCUCGCUGCCUUCUACGAUGUUCAACUUAGAACUGCAGACUAUCCUUCAGAAGACGACAGUAGCGACGACGAAACAUUUGACUGCCCGGAUGUUAUUGUGGAGAAGCUGGAGGACAUCCUUGGCUUGAACGAAGAUAAAUUUGUCAAGUUUCGGGAAAGAGCACGCCAAUUAGCAACGCAGACCCCCUCCAAACCUACCAAACGCUCGCAGGUUUUCCUCCCCGACGAGAAAUCAAACUUUAGUCCACGCCGACAGAGACUUGAGGUGCGUCCGAUCGGCGCCGAAGAUGACAGGCUACACAUUCACCAUACCGGAGGCCGCCAAAGUCCCAAAAGCGCCUCUUCAGAAGGCUUGACCAAUGCCCGUCUCGGAUGGGGGCCCCGCUCAACCCCUUCCUCGCGACGACUCCGAAUAAACUGUAUUCAAGAGCCCGAGUCUGUGUCUGUCGCACAUGGAUCUCAACCCGAGACACCGAAGACUGAAUCCGAGAUACCCGAGCCUAAGGCGACAGUUAGCGAAAGCCAGACACAUGCGUUCACGAGUCCGCGGGAACCAUAG